AUGUCUGGAAACAACAGCAUCGACGCGGUUAAGCGAAAGAUAAAAGUUUUACAGCAACAGGCAGAUGAAGCCGAAGAGCGAGCUGAACUUCUUCAGAGACAGGUCGAGGUGGAGAAAACAUCAAGAGAACAGGUAAAAUGAUAUUUUAGAAUCAUCCAUAGAAGUUCCCUUAUUUUUUUAUUCUCGGCAUUUCGACAAGAUUCGAUCUACGACGUGCGCUGAUAGGCUACAUUGUUUCUUUUUUUAAAGUACACUGGGACUGGGUCGUCAUUCAUGCAAUUAACAUUUUACACCUCCGCCCAACAAGGAGCCUAUUGACAUGGGACUUUUCGUAGCAGGUUUGGGCAGUGGUACCCAACCGUUUUCUGUUACUGUACCACCAACAACAUUUUACUCUGCCGGAGUACCCCUGAAGUAUCCUCUCGUGUAUUUUACCAGUAGAUUUAUGGGAUCAUGAGUCUUAGGGCAAGUCAUAGUACCGCUGGUUGGGAGCCACAGAGUUAGGAGAGCAUUUUCGCUAAACCUUUUCCUAACCUUAACCUAAUUCUCCUUACCUGCUACGAAAACAUCAUUUCCGGUCGUAGCUGUAUCGAAGUGAAGUGUUUUUAUGGAAUCUCCUAUUGACAUUGACACAUCAAAUGGGGUGUGUAUUAUUGAAUAGCAUUACGAAGGCAUUGUUAGUGGAAGGUUUUGAGCAAUAUGGGUGGGGACUUUUCGACCAAAUGAUUGAAGUCAUUGAGGGACUGGAACUUAAAGUAACUGUCUGGAUAUGACCUGUAAUUGAUUACAAUAUGGGUGAAAUAGUUUUUCUUCCAAAAAUUGUAAUUAUGUUUGUUAAAAGCAGCUUUUCUGUGUUGGAAUGGUAUGGGCAUAUACAUAUCAUUCAAAAUAUUAACACAAUUAGACUGCUAAUUGGCCAGCUCAUCCUCCUCGGGAGGAUGAUGACAUCCUCUGUCUGAGGAAAUGGCAAGCAUUUAAUUUUUUACUUUCUGUUUGAGAUACAAGUUCGAAGUAGGGAUUUUGAAGUGUUUUUCCAAUUUAUGCUUUGGCCACAUACGAGUAUCGGCUGAGUCAUCAACGUUAUUUGGGUAUGAGUUAAAGGAAAGUUAGAUUUUCACAGGACAUGUACAUUAAGCCAAAUAUACUGAGGGGAUUUGAUAAGUGAACCGGGUUAGUGUUAAUUGCAUUCGUUUUGAAACUGGGCUGCCUCCUGGACUUGUGCUAGGUGCCCAGUUUUGGCCGAUGGCGAGGUCUGCUCAAAACAAAUGUGACGUAGGUUAAGCACGUGGAGUAAUGAGUAGGAUUCUGUUUUCAAAUGCAAAAGUGAUUGCUUUUGAUAAAAUGGCUUUAUCUGCCUUCCCAAUGAAAACUAGUUUGAAAACGCAAACAUAUAUUUUCAGUGUUUCCCCUAUAUGCAUUUAGCAGAGGCACGCCACUAAAAAAGUAAACUCAGCAAAAAAAGAAACGUCCUCUCACUGUCAACUGCGUUUAUUUUCAGCAAACUUAACAUGUGUAAAUAUUUGUAUGAACAUAAGAUUCAACAACUGAGACAUAAACUGAACAAGUUCCACAGAUGUGACUAACAGAAAUUGAAUAAUGUGUCCCUGAACAACGGGGGGGUCAAAAGUAACAGUCAGUAUCUGGUGUAGCCACCAGCUGCAUUAAAUACUGCAGUGCAUCUCCUCAUGGACUGCACCAGAUUUGCCAGUUCUUGCUGUGAGAUGUUACCCCACUCUUCCACCAAGGCACCUGCAAGUUCCCGGACAUUUCUGAGGGGAAUGGCCCUAGUCCUCACUCUCCGAUCCAACAGGUCCCAGACGUGCUCAAUGGGAUUGAGAUCCGGGCUCUUCGCUGGCCAUGGCAGAACACUGACAUUCCUGUCUUGCAGGAAAUCGCACACAGAACGAGCAGUAUGGCUGGUGGCAUUAUCAUGCUGGAGGGUCAUGUCAGGAUGAGCCUGCAGGAAGGGUACCACAUGAGGGAGGAGGAUGUCUUCCCUGUAAUUCACAGCGUUGAGAUUGCCAGCAAUGACAACAAGCUCAGUCCGAUGAUGCUGUGACACCACCCCAGACCACGACGGACCCUCCACCUCCAAAUCGAUUCCGCUCCAGAGUACAGGCCUCGGUGUAACGCUCAUUCCUUCGAUAAACGCGAAUCCGACCAUCACCCCUGGUGAGACAAAACCGUGACUCGUCAAUGAAGAGUACUUUUUGCCAGUCCUGUGUGGUCCAGCGACGAUGGGUUUGUGCCCAUAGGCGACAUUGUUGCCGGUGAUGUCUGGUGAGGACCUGCCUUACAACAGGCCUACAAGCCCUCAGUCCAGCCUCUCUCAGCCUAUUGCGGACAGUCUGAGCAUUGAUGGAGGGAUUGUGCGUUCCUGGUGUAACUCUGGCAGUUGUUGCAUCCUGUACCUGUCCAGCAGGUGUGAUGUUCGGAUGUACCGAUCCUGUGCAGGUGUUGUUACACAUGGUCUGCCACUGCGAGGACGAUCAGCUGUCCGCCCUGUCUCCCUGUAGCGCUGUCUUAGGCGUCUCACAGUACGGACAUUGCAAUUUAUUGCCCUGGCCACAUCUGCAGUCCUCAUGCCUCCUUGCAGCAUGUCUAAGGCACGUUCACGCAGAUGAGCAGGGACCCUGGGCAUCUUUCUUUUGGUGUUUUUCAGAGUCAGUAGCUUCUUUUAGUGUUCUAAGUUUUCAUAACUGUGACCUUAAUUGCCAUCUGUAAGCUGUUAGUGUCUUAACGACCGUUCCACAGGUGCAUGUUCAUUUAAUUGUUUAUGGUUCAUUGAGCAAGCAUGGGAAACAGUGUUUAAACCCUUUACAAUGAAGAUCUGUGAAGUUAUUUGGAUUUUUACAAAUUAUCUUUGAAAGACAGGGACCUGAAAAGGGGACGUUUCUUUUUUUGCCUAGUUCAUAUAUAUAUUUUGCGUGGUGAUGCCAGGUUUCCUCUAGACGUGACGCUUGGCAUUCAGGCCAAAGAGUUCAAUCUUGGUUUCAUCAGACCAGAGAAUCUUGUUUCUCAUGGUCUGAGAGUCCUUUUGGUGCCUUUUGGCAAACUUCAAGUGAGCUGUCAUGUGCCUUUUUACUGAGGAAUGGCUUCCGUCUGGCUACUCUACCAUAAAGGCCUGACUGGUGGAGUGCUGCAGAGAUGGUUGUCCUUCUGGAAGGUUCUCCCAUCUCCACAGAGGAACUCUGGAGCUCUGUCAGAGUGACCAUCAGGUUCUUGGUCACCUCUCUGACCAAGGUCCUUCUCCCCCGAUUGCUCAGUUUGGCUGGGCGGCCAGCUCUAGGAAGAGUCUUGGUGGUUCCAAACGUCUUCCAUUUAAGAAGGGAGGCCACUGUGAUAUCAUGUUGCGAUUGACCAAUCAAAGCUCAUAAUAGCUUCCAGCCCCUACUGGAUUGGCUCACCUAGCAUGCUUGCUAGGACCGGCAUAAGGGCGACGCUAGCAUGGCUAUCCGAAUGAUCGUGUUCAGUGGAUAAGUACUGUCUCUCUCAUUCGCAAUGUGUUCUGUCCCUCCCUUCCUCUCUGUGUCUGUCUGCCGGCCCCACAGGCUUGCCCUGGCAAUUACCAGCUGAAAGUUAAUUCUGUUCGAUUUGAAACCAGGCUACCUCCCGGGCGUGAGCCAGGUGCCCCGCUCUGUCCAACAGCGAAGUCGGCUCAAAACAAAAGUGAAUUAUUUAAGCAUGUGUAGUAAUAAGUAGGAUUCUGUAUUUUCACAUGCAAAAGUGAUUUGAUAACGCUUUAUCUGCCUCCCCAAUAAAAACUAGUUUGAAAAUUCUAACAUUUAUUUUAUGGAAAACCUGGGCCAGCGUAAUAGAACUCCCUCACUGAUAACACGCAGCUGUAGGCACAAUUGAUUGUGGUCAUUGUAGUUAAUUGCCACAUUUUCUCCUCUUAACUACUACAAAUAUUGACCUGUUGAAAACUACACCUUCCUACAUCGUCCCACAGUUCAUGAUUGAUAGAGAAACGGUGCGUUGAGCUCACAGAAAAAAAACGAACAAAAUGCAAUUGAAAUAAUUGAACCGACGUCGGUCAAUUUAGUUAUUUAAAACCCCCAAAUAUACCUGAAUUUGGCUAAUCGCUCAGCACUAGUUAAACCGUGAUUUGUAAUGAAUAUCCUUAUGUACCAUUAAGAAGGAAAUUGAUCCACCUCACAUUACACAUAAAGCGUGGUAGGCCUACAGUUAUAGAGUAGAGGAUCCCUUUAGCUUAUAAUAUAAAAUAUAAUAAUAUAAUAUGCCAUUUAGCAGACGCUUUUAUCCAAAGCGACUUAGUCAUGCGUGCAUACAUUUUUUUUUUGUGACAUGGCUAUUCAGUGCCAGAUUCUGUCAUUUAGCCACUGUAGGCUACUUCCACCUUUCGCGUGUCAAUGUUUCCGUCUCUCUCGUCUGUCCAUCUAUGGCUAUCUAUUUUCUCCUGUUAUCUGCCUUUUCUCCUAUGUAUACCUGGGUACACUGGCAAAUUGUUAUAGCUGCUCUAGAGACAUCUUCAAUGGUGGUUAACCAUGGAUAAAACUAACAAACAAUUGGUAGGAUAAAAUAAAUGCAGAUUCCCCCCCAAAGUCACAGAUGUUGCAUAGUUGCAAUGUUGUUACACUGAACAUAACCAGUGUACUGGAUGGAUGUGUGUGUGUUGAGAAAAUCAAGGUGAAUAAAUGGCCAUCUGACUGGAACAUUGUGUCUAGCCUCUUACAUGAUGCAAUGUUAAGUGCUUUGAGCACUAGAAAAAGCACUAUAGAAAGCCUAUCUAUCGUGGCAUAUAUAGUACAUCAUUGUUUGUAGGUUCUAAGAGGGGUUGGGGUCAAUUCCAUUUCAAUUUGAGAAGUAUAUUGACAUUUAGCCUAACUCUUUCUCUUCUCCCCCUCCCUGAUACAGGCUGAGGCUGAAGUUGCUUCCCUGAACAGGCGUAUCCAGCUGGUUGAGGAGGAGUUGGACAGGGCCCAGGAGAGACUGGCCACCGCUCUGCAGAAACUGGAGGAGGCAGAGAAGGCUGCAGACGAAAGUGAGAGGUCAGUGGGACACACCCACAGCGCACAUGAACAAAGAGGGGAAAAGAGGCCCCCACACUAAUUCUCCAAACGCCACAGUUUAAAGGGAUACUUAGUGAUUUUGGCAAUGAGGCCCUUUAUCUACUUCCCUAGAGACAGCUGAACUAGUGGAUACCAUUUUUAUAUCUGUGUCCAGUAUGAAGGAAAUUAGAAGUAGUUUCGCUAGCCAAUGCUAACUAGCGUUAGCGCAAUGAGUGGAAGUCUAUGGGUAUCUGUUAGCAUGCUACAACAUUUAUUUAGUCUUGCCCGCGUUAAGUACGAGUUAUAAACGAACCAGGGCUUUCUGUAAGGCAGCAAGCUCAGAUUGCAGCUCUAACAUAGCCUGGUCAACUGUUGGAAAUGGCAUACAGUACCUAAGUGUCAUCUGCAUAAACUUAUAUACACUUGUACAUGUGUGAAAUAGGACAAAUAUAAGCACCCACCAACAUUAUUAUUAUAAAAGGCCUUAUGCAGCAAUGGAAGCAUAACUUUUUAACAUGAAGUAAGACAAUAUCUUGAAAAGAGGGGUCUUGGCCUCAGUCAUUAUGGUCUAAACCAGGGAUGGGCAACUGAUGGGGGUGGGGGCACAAAAAACCCCCCCCGCGAGCAAAACAGUAAGUUGAGACCCUGACUGAGUUUUCUUAGCUUUUUUUUUGUUAUGAGAUUGGUCCGCGGGCUGCCAGUUGCCCAUCCCUGUUCUACACCUCAUUAGUUUGUCUUUGUUAUUGGACAGGAAGUGAAAGCACAUGGGCGCAACGAUGGCACAGACAAAAAGGGAAACGCAUCUGUUUAGAUCUUCCCCUCAAAUAUGAUGAUGAGAGGAAGUCCAGUGGCGGGAAGUGGAAGAAGAUGGAGCUAGAUUAAACUUGGCCGACAUUCUGCUAAUUUUGUCAUUGAUUAAACUUUCUGUAACAAAAAAGUUACGGAGUGCGCUAAGUUUGCAUUAGUUUUAAAAAAUGUUGUUUAGGAGUGCAAGGGCGAAAUGAGUUAUUGCACACGUGUACUUCAGACAAGGCGUUCCCUAACGGAAAUAUGCAAACACAUGCUACAACGCACCAAUAGGAUCUCGCUAACUUGUGCUUGGCUCUUCCCUCCUCCUUGCUUGUUCUGCCCACUGUGCUUCAGUUGCUCCUGAUGCCAAUUGAUGAAUCUUGGGUUAGUUACCAGUAUCUUUGAUGAUAGUGUGUGUGUAGUCUCCCGAGUGGCGCAGUGGUCUAAGGCACUGCAUCGCAGUGCUAGCUGUGCCACUAGAGAUCCUGGUUCGAAUCCAGGCUCUGUCGUAGCCGGCCGCGACCGGGAGACCCAUGGGGCGGCGCAGAAUUGGCCCAGCGUCGUCCAGGGUAGGGCAGGGAUGUAGCUCAGUUGGUAGAGCAUGGCGUUUGCAACGCCAGGGUUGUGGGUUAAAUUCCCACAGGGGGCCAGUAUGAAAAAUAAAAAAAUUAUGUAUGCACUCACUAACUGUAAGUCGCUCUGGAUAAGAGCGUCUGCUAAAUGACUAAAAUGUAAUGUAAAAUGUUUGGCCUCGCUAUCUCCACAUGAGUCAAUGGCCCAGUCACUAAUGUUAAUUGAUUGGAUGUGUCUUUCUCUGAUGCUCCCUCCCUGAGUGUGUGUGAAAUGUAGAGUCACAUGCUGCUGACAGUGUGCAAUGAUAAGAGUGUGUUUAGUUUGACAAAUAUCCAAAGUCUAAUAUCGAGAAUUGGUUUAUUAACACAAAAUGGUACGCUGUUAUGAUAGGAUACAUAUAAUGUACGUUUCAAUACCAAAUGAUACAAUACAUCUAACGUGUGUGUGUGUUGGUUCCAGGGGCAUGAAGGUGAUUGAGAACAGGGCCCUGAAGGAUGAGGAGAAGAUGGAGCUACAGGAGAUCCAGCUGAAGGAGGCCAAGCACAUUGCUGAGGAGGCUGACCGCAAGUACGAGGAGGUGAGGAUAUCGCACGGACACACACACGGCAGACUUCACACACACACUGCAGGGUCCUCCUCAGAAUGAAUAGAAUUUCCUGCUGUGCCUGAACUAUCCUCGGAUAGUUGAGCAACAUUGCUGAGGAAAGGUAAUAAUGUAUGUGUGUUGAAAUUGGUGCGAUCAUGUACAUACACAAUGCUUCAGUACUGCCUCAUAUGCACGCACACGGACACAAUGAGGUAACGUCCUCAUCCUCAACAUCGAGACACAGAAGUGGACAUAAUCGCAUACAUUUCUUCUCACGCAAGGCUGUAAGCUCACUAGUACAGUUUUGGCCAAGAUGUACCCAAUUUAUAGCCACCAUGGGCGUCUCUCCUCAUACUUCACCUGGACACCAUCUGCGGCAAUCUUGUGAGCAAUUGUUUCCGUCUGCCCUCUUGUGCAACUGGCAGCAAAUAAUUCUGUGUGUGCAUCUACAGGUGGCUCGUAAGCUGCUGAUCAUCGAGGGGGAUCACGAGCGCACAGAGGAGAGGGCAGAGCUUGCUGAGGCGUAAGUGGCCGUCCACAUGAUUGAACUGCACAAUAGUAAAACACACACGUAUACACAACUACACUAGUGGUACGUUAACAACACUUAUUCCACACGGCGAAAUAUGAUUCUGUCAAAUAAUUUAGUUAUACUGACAUUUUCCCCCAAGGGAAUGUAGACAUCUAUUGCACAUAGAAUACGGUAUAAAAUGUUACAUGUACAGCAUUGUAGCUCUGUCAUAAACAUACUCUUGUCACAACUACACAAUGCAGAAUGCGAACAUACAUUGUGACGUCUCAUUUGGAUUAUAUUUGAACUAUAUUCGAACAAUUCCCAGUCUACAUCAUCACAAUGCCUGGGUCAAAUGCAUUGUUAGGGGUUCAAGCAGCAAAGCUAGGCCACACCCUCUCAUGCAAUGCCAUGUCAAUUGGCCACAUGGUGACGCUAUAACAAGCGAUUGAAGAUGCAAACAUUUAAAGGUCAUGCCCCUCAUCCCGUUUUGAGCUAAUGUGGGUAGCAUCUCAAACAACAUGGCUGCUACUGACCAAUAAACAUUCAAGUGGUCUUGGCCUGGCACAUAAAUGCAUAUAAAUCAGACACAAUAUUCGUAUUGUAACAUCUUGAUAGACAUGUUCCAAACACUGUCAAGACUCAAUGUAAGCACAUUUAAAUUGACCACAGUGGCGCUAUAACGGGCACUUAUUUAUUGCUCUUGAUCUGUUUUGACUAUCUUGAUUGCUCUUGAUCUGAUUUAAAUUUGGCGCACUCAGGGAUGAGUCUAGCUAACCUGUAGAGUAUGGUUAUCUUUGGCUGCAUGGUGGCACUGUUGGACAGGAAAAACCUUAAUGCAUGUUCAUUGGCUUAUAGCGGCCAUAUUGUUUGAGCGAGAGUCUUGGAAAACAUAGCGUUUUAAAGAUGUGCAUCCAUAGAUGCUAUAUACCAAGUUUGGAGUCGAGCGGUUCUGGAGAAGACGUUUAAAGUAGUCAACGUUAUUACAAAUGGUCCAAAAUUCAUAAUCAAAAACAUUUUGCUUGAUCUGUUUGAUGUUGUGUUCUGAUAUUUGGCAAGCGUGGUAAAAACUACAGAAGUAGCAAAUCCUAUGGCGAUCUGUCCAAUUUGUCCUGAUGGUGGUACUGUGAGGCCAUAGCUUGAACCCCGCCAUGGCUGCUUGAAACUAUAUUUGUUUGCACUUUUGGGACUGUUCCAUUGUAUCGGACCAACAAAAUCAAGCGCAGCUCAUGUUUUUUAAAGUAUUUGAUACGGUUCUGCAUUAUACCAGUCCCACUGCCGGUAUCAUCCCAAAUCUGCCCCAUCCUCACUGUUCCCACGGCCAUGAGAAUAAACUUGUGUGUUUGCAUAACAAUGGUUCUGUAUCCUAAUGAAUAAAUGCCCUCCUCCCCCAUCUGUCCGUCUCUGCAUGUUUCUGUGGGUCCAACCUAAAUUCCACGCAUGACCCCCCCCCACAAUACGCCCCCGCUCCGCAUGUAUGUGACUCCGCACCCUCCCUGCACUAACAGCAAAGCCAGGGCCCUGGAGGAGGAGCUGAGGGGUUUCGACCAAUCGCUGAAGUCCCUGCAGGCCUCUGAAGACCAGGUAGUGUGUGUUUGUGUGUCUGUGGAGUGAAUUCAGUGCCUUCAGAAAGUAUUCAUACUCCUCGACUUAUUCCACAUUUUGUUGUCUUACAGCCUGAAUUCAAAAUUGAAUAAAUAUAAUUUUUUUCUCACCCAUCUACACACAGUACCCCAUAAUGACAAAGAGAAAAUAUGCUUUUAGAAAUGUUUGCAUAUUUAAUUUACAUAAGUAUUCACACCCCUGAGUCAAUACAUGUUAGAAUCACAUUUGGUAGAGAUUACGGCUGUGAGUCUUUGCACACCUGGAUUGUACAAUAUUUGCACAUUAUUAUAAAUUCUUCAAGCUCUGUCAAGUUGGUUGUUGAUCAUUGCUAGACAGCCAUUUUCAAGUCUUGCCAUAGAUUUUCAAACAGAUUAAGUCAAAGCUGUAACUAGAACACAAUGUGUAUAUUUGCCUUUUUGUUUUAGGUUGUCCUGCUGAAAGGUGAAUUUACUCCCAGUGUCUGUUGGAAAGCAGACUGAACCAGGUUCUUUCCUUCAGGAUUUUGCCUUUGCUUAGCUCUAUUCUGUUUAUUUUUAUCUUAAACGCUCCCUAGUCCUUGCUGAUGACAAGCAUACCCAUCACCAUGCUUGAAAAUAUGAAAGGUGGUACUCGGUGAUGUUGUUUUCUCCAAACGUAACGCUUUGUAUUCAGGACAUAAAGUAACAUUUUUUGCAGUUUACUCCAAUAAUGCAAACAGGAUGCAUGUUUUGGAAUAUUUUUGUAAAAGCUUUCUUUUUCAUUUAGGUUAGUAUUGUGGAGUAACUACAAUGUUGUUGAUCACAUCCUCAGUUUUCCCCUAUCACAACCAUUAAACUCUGACUGUUUUGAUGUCACCAUUGGCCUCAUGGUGAAAUCUCUGAGCGGUUUCCUUCCUCUCCAGCAACUGAGUUAGGAAGGGCGCCUGUAUCUUUGUAGUGACUGGGUGUAUUGAAACACCAUCCAAAGUGUAAGUAAUAACUUCACCAUGCUCAAAAGGAUAGUCUGCUUUUUGUUCUUUUUUUUUACCCAUCUACCAAUAGGUGCCUUUUGCGAGGCAUUGGAAAACCUCCCUGGUCUUUGGUUGAAUCUGUUUUGAAAUUCACUGCUCGAAUGAGGGACCUUACAGAUAAUUGUAUGUGUGUGGUACAAAGAUGAGGUAGUCCUUCAAAAAUCAUGUCAAACACUUAUUGCACACAGUGAGUCCAUGCAACUUGUGACAUGUUAAGCACAUUUUUCCUCCUGAACUUAUUUAGGCUUGCCAUAACAAAGGGGUACUUAUUAACUCAAGACAUUUCAGCUUUUCAUUUUUAAUUAAUUUGUACACAUUUCUACAAACAUAAUUCCACUUUGACAUGGGUUAUUGUGUGUAGGCCAGUGACACAAUCUCAAUUUAAACCAUUUUAAAUUCAGGCUGUAACACAACAAAAUGUGAAAAUCAAGGGGUGUGAAUACUUUCUGAAGGCACUGUGUUGUUCAAAUGCCUAUACUUCAGUGUGAGUGUGUAUACUGAAAAUGAGGUGUGUGUGUAUAGGGUGUCUACCCACUCUGCCCACAGUGGCUGAAAACAAUAUUUGGUGAUGACAUUUCACUUCCUUAUGUUAUAAAAUACAUUUUACCAAGACAAAUAUGAUUAUUCAUGUUUGAAUCAUUCAGUGGGGUCUUUCUGUAACAUAUCAUUAACAUUUGUAUCCAAUAAGUCAGAUUUCGUAACCUAAUACAUCUGAUAAUAAUCACAGAGCUCUGUUGACAUAGCAUUCAGGUUUCUUAACUUUUGAGGAUUCUACAUUUUGGUUGUCAUCUUCAGUUGUUUCUGCGGGUCGCAAAACUAGCAUGACACAAGCUGAAUUAAAUGUAAAGGCUUUGAAAAUAAUAAGCUCAGUGCUCCGUUGACAUUUCAGAGAUACGCUUGUUUUUGUGAGAAAUCUUCUAAAAACAGGAAUUUCUAAUUAAUAUGAAAAGCGUCUACUAAAAUAUGAAAAUGAUACAUGUCAUGUCUCAAUCUAUAUCCAUCUUAGCUCUGUUUUAUGUCCUGCUGAUUCGAGAAGAAAGAUGAGUUUAACGGUCAAAGUGAGCCUGUCAGGUAGUCGGUAGCUUUAGUUCUUGCACAGAAUCCAGCCUACCUGACGCAAUGCUAUUUUCCUGAUUUUUAUUUAUUUAUUAUUAACUCCAAUAACUUAUGAUAGAGACAUAAGGUUUGGACCAUUUGUUUUUUUCUCAGCGGAUUAUCUACACAAUUAACAUUAUUUUACCCAUUGGUAAAAAUCAUGUUUUUGAUUGGACACCCUACUGUUUAUGUGUGUUUGGGGAAUGUGCCUAUACUUCAUGGUGUGUAAGAGAGAAAAAAGUGUAUGAGAGUGUGUUCAUGCUCAACUGACUAGAUGUGCUCUAGUGUAAUAUACCAUUGGUAGAAAAUCAGUCUUGAGAUUUAUGGAUAUAGGAACUAUUUAUAGUUAAAAGAUCUCAAUAGGUGGACAUAGAAAGUAUUUUCUGUGUGUGAGUGAGGAGGAGAAAGAAGUAAUCAGAAUCGUGGCCUCAGGACAAACGGGUGGUCCUCUUUGUAUGACUCCAGGACUCCAACCUCUCCUUCUUUUCAGUAUCUGCCUUCUCUCCUUGACUCGCGCUUGCCUCCAUUUCCCUUCCCUACUCUUUUUCUCAACCUGUGUUUGCAUGAAAUCCAGUGUGCGUGUUAAGGAAGUGACAUCCUACUGCUCUAAAGUCGAUGGGAGAGUUCGCGUUGUGUUUAGUAGGAUGGAAAAUGGGUGAUGCUAUGUGAACUCAUCCAGUAAGAAACACUUUGCUACGGUGUGCCCUACUGAACACAAUUAAGAAUUGACUCAUGAGAACUCGAGCAUGCACAACUCACUCUUUUCAAUGCCCUUAUAAGGACAUCUCCAGCCUAACGCAUGCCGUUCUAACGACAGUGAACAUUGCUCGUAUAGCUUGUCUUUGGUUAAGGAUGUUCUACUGAUUUCCUGUUGUGACGUGGGCUCACUUUAAUAUGGAGAUAUGGUAGUGUCAAGGGUCUGUAACCGCUGCGGUUUGUGGUUAGCCUCAUCUCUGCCGUUUCUCUGUCAUAAGGCACUCAUUCUUUGUGUUUCCUAAUCAUCUACUCCACACUCCUCCCAACUCCAUUUGUCAUCUCUCACCAUCAAUUAUCUUAAACCGUAUUGCCAAUGUUUUCACACUGCUACUCUUUCCUUCCUCUUUUCACUGCUCCACCCUCUGCCCUCGUCGCCUACUGUGUCAUCUCUCCUUGUCUUCUCGUUCUCUUGAAACAAACUCAAUGGCGACCUCCCCUCAAAUCCAGUAAAUGUGCUGAGCUGGAGGAGGAGCUGAAAAAUGUCACCAAUAACCUUAAGUCCCUGGAGGCCCAGGCGGAGAAGGUAGUGUGUCUGUGUGUUGGUAUUUUACAUGGUUGUAUGAACCUCAGAUUAAACCAGCAUGUUACCUGUGUGGGCAUGUUUUUUUGUGACUGUAUACAUCUCUGAGGAAGCGAUUUUUUUAAGUAUUGUGUGUUAAUUUAUUUGCCUUUGCAGUUGGUGUGUACUGUAUACUGUACCUGUUUAUCUGUGUGCAGCAUUUGUAUUUGAGAGGACAGCUGCUGUAUUCACCCUUAACAAGGGUUCUGUAUUGACUCUGCCUUGAACAACAUUGGCAGUGUGUGUGUGUGUAGUCCAUAUCCAGAUACCUCAGGCACUUACCCUUGGGUUAAUUGGUCUGUGUAGUUAAUUUCCCUUUGGCGUUUACCACCAUUCCAGUCUUGAAUACCCCCUACCUCUCCCAGACAACCAUUCUUGUCAUCAAUGCCCUUUACUGCCUAUGUUUAUAAUUUCUAGAAAGGUCACACUUGCAUGAGGCAUUGAGUUCCUUCAAUCUCCAUAUUUCUGAUUGGACCGAAGGCCUGCAUGGACAAACACCCCCAUACUAAGUUAAGGGUUUGGUCUAAUAUAACAUAGAGAACAAAAUGUUACUCUUAAUGGCUCUCAUUACAUUGAAGAGGCAAUGGUGCCAUAAUGACUUGUUCCUUUGCACCACAUUUGUAAUCGGUAUCCUUCAAUGACACUGCAGUGGAAUACAGAUGAAAACUUCCUCCAGGGCUAUGUUCAUUAGGCACCAAACAGAAAAGACUAAAACAGGAGAGGCUACCAGGACUCGUUUUCUGUUGCAAAACGAUUUGACGUUUUCCAUUGCGUGACCUAAUGAACACAACCCAGGUUUAUGAUUGUUCCCUGUACAUUCCUACAUAUGGAUGUCCAGAUCUGCUCAGAGCAGAUGCACUGUAAACAUCCCUGCAAGCAAAGUUGCUUUAGUGUUGUUUUAAAGUUGCUUUAAUGGUUAGAUCAGUGGUAUUCUACUUCCAUCUUUUAUGGACAGUAGUGUUCUCGUAUUCCUCCAUUUGUUUCACCAGUGGCAGAUUUAGUCCCGGGAAACCAGUGGCCAGUCCUAUGGGGAAAAUGUUUCAGAACUUUGUCAAUAGAAAUGUUUUGCAUAAGAAUGCUUCAAAUGACUAUCUACAGUUUUUUGUUUGUUGGUACAUUUCUAUUUACAACAUCCUGAACGUUUCACUCUACACAACACUCAUCGGAUAUGUAUUUUCUUUCUAGCCAAUCAGUGAUUGGGCAAUUGAGACACUGUGAUCCAACCAUAUUCAAGGCCCCACCCAGAAUUGAAAUCUCAGCAAGAAUUCUGGGAUCUCUAGAGCUGUAGAUAGAUGGAUGAAUUAAGUUAACCACUGAAGGAGCCAAGUCACACGUGCUGUUGACUUCACAGGGAUUGCCCUUGAUAUUGAACUAAUUUGGCAUGCAUUAUAAUUGCAUGUUCUUAGGAAUCCUUCUAUUGCAGCAUUGACACACUGUUUUUUACAUGAGAUUGAGGUCAUGUCAUUUUAUUUUUUGGUGUGUGCAUGCUCUGCUUUAAACUGACAAUCCUCUAUUUUCUACUACAGUAUUCCCAGAAGGAGGACAAGUAUGAGGAAGAGAUCAAGAUCCUGACCGACAAGCUCAAAGAGGUAAGUGGAUAACCUGUAGAGCAGUGAUCAUCAACUAGAUUCAGACGCGAGCUUAUUAUUAUUAUUAUUAUUAUUAUUAUUAUUAUUAUUAUUAUUAUGUUUAAAUUGUUGAAGUUUUUAUUUAGCGGCUGGUCGGGGCCAGAAAAUAAUUACAAAUAAUUUGUAGUUUGCAAAUUGACCGCAAGAAGCCCUAAGAUGUAAAAUUUGACUAAAACAUAAUAUUUUCAAACCUUGCUUUACAUUUGUAUAUGAUCACAUUCGGUGAGCUCCAAGUAUUGGGACAGUGACCCACGCACAAAUAUCAUACCCCCUAAAAUGCUAACCUCCACUGUUUUUGCAAAGGUGAGAGGUUAGUAGUGCGUCUAACCUUCUCACUCAUUAUUAUUAUUAUUAUUAUUAUUAUUCACGAUUUAUUCAGGACUAUCCAUAAUCAUGGUAGCAUCCACAUUAAUGUAGAAGUGUUUAGAAAUGUAUUCUAUUCUUAUUUACAAUAAAAGUGACUCCAAAAUGACACUACAUUAUUUACCAUUCAUUUCUAUUGGGCACAAAAUUAUCUGAAACACAACCAAAACAAAUGGCAAAUGCAUCCAAGUUUGUAGAGUCACAAGCUUGAUGUAAUCAUUGCGUGCUGGGAAUAUGGGACAUAUAAGUGAAUUUGUCCCAAUACUUUGGUCCCCCAAAAUGUGGGGACUAUGUACAAAAAGUGAUGUGAUUUCUAAAUGGUUCACCAGAUAUGAAUAAAAAAUACCCUCAAAUUAAAGAUGACGGUCUGCACUUUAAUCUCAUAGUCAUUGUAUCAUUUCAGAGCCAAAACAAUUCACUGUCCCAAUACUUUUGGAGCUCACUGUAUAUCUCUAUGCGAGGGAAUACUUUGGAACAGAUUUCCAAAAUUAAAAUCACUUGGAGCUGCGUGUGUUUUUACUAUCUUAUGUCCCAACAAUAAAAUAAUAUAUUGCGACGCCAGUUGGGGAACCCUGACUUAGAGAAUGAAAAAAGCCUACUUAGUUCGGUAGAUAUAAUUGCAGAUGGUUGACACUUUCACAAGCGAAAUUCAGGGAAGGCCAUCUUUUGUUUGUUUUUGUCUGACAUCUGUGUUGACAUGUCCCUGAAAUGUCCCCUUGUAGUAUCUUGUGUGGCGUCUGGGGUGUUUUUUUUUUUUUUCCUUUUGUUUUUUUUUCCAAGGUUUCGUCUGAGAUAUGUUUGAUAGUAUUUAAUUGAUGUUUUUUUUUUGUUUCCGAUCUGUUUGUCUGGAUGUCUCCUUUGUAUUUUUCUUUGUCUUGCUCAUUGCAUUUGUUUGGUCUAGUCACCUUUUUGUUUAUUCACAAAGUGAGGUUAGUUUGGUUCAAUUCCUUUUGUAGUCUCUCCAAGUUAACAUAUUUAAUCUAGGUCAUCUAGGUUUUAGUAGUUUCUUGAUUGAUUGCUUUGUUUUGACUUAUUUUCUUAGGCUGAGACUCGUGCUGAGUUUGCUGAGAGGUCUGUGGCCAAGCUGGAAAAGACCAUAGAUGAUCUGGAAGGUAGGAUCCAGCCGCUUUGCCUUAAAACUCCUGUAUUUCCCAAUGCACCGUCUAUGGAAAAAGUCCUGUUCUGGCUUAAUCAGACUAUUAUUUUAGCAUACAUCACUUUCCCUUGGGCUGUUUCCCUCGCUCUCUCCUUAUCUUCUCUUUGCCUCCUUUUCUUCUUCCUCUUUUUCCCUUCACUCUUUGGCCUCUCCGUGAACAGAUGAGCUAUAUGCACAGAAACUCAAGUACAAGGCCAUUAGCGAGGAGUUGGACCACGCCCUCAAUGACAUGACCUCCAUGUAA